AUGGCGAAAGGUAGAUUAAGGGCGAGGAUUCGCAAGAGCAAUUUGUAUACCUUUGCAUUUAAUCGAUAUCGAGCUGCCAAGGAAGAGGGGCCUCAUAGGUUAGGCCCUGGGUAUUCAAGAAUUGUCCACUGCAACCAACCCCAACUUCAUGAAGUGGAGCCACCUCUCCAGUAUUGCUCAAAUUACAUAACCACAACUAAGUAUACUUUCUUCACCUUCCUGCCUAAGGCUGUGUUUGAACAAUUCAGGCGUGUUGCAAACUUGUACUUUCUCCUGGCUGCAAUCCUGUCGCUCACGCCUGUUGCCCCAUUCUCCGCCAUUAGUAUGAUAGCUCCUUUGGUCUUCGUUGUCGGGUUGAGUAUGGCAAAGGAGGCCUUGGAGGACUGGCACCGUUUCCUCCAGGAUAUGAGUAUCAAUCUCCAUAAAGCUUGUUACCACAAAGGAGAUGGCGAUUUUGGUCAUAAGCCAUGGAUGAAGAUUCUGGUUGGAGAUAUUGUGAAGAUUGAAAAGGAUGAAUUCUUCCCUGCAGAUUUGCUUCUUUUAUCGUCUAGCUAUGAGGAUGGAAUCUGCUAUGUAGAAACAAUGAACUUAGAUGGAGAGACCAACUUGAAGGUUAAAAGAGCCUUGGAGGUAACCUUACCAUUAGAAGAUAACAUGACUUUUAAGGAAUUCACCGCAACCAUAAAAUGUGAAGAUCCGAAUCCUAACCUCUACACUUUUGUGGGUAACCUUGAAUAUGGCCACCAGGUUUAUCCUCUUGACCCUAGCCAGAUUCUGCUUCGAGGUUCAAAGCUUCGGAAUACAGAUUAUGUUUAUGGAGUUGCGACGUUUACUGGUCAUGACAGCAAAGUUAUGCAGAACUCUACAGAAUCUCCCUCGAAAAGGAGUUGCGUUGAAAGGAAAAUGGACAGUAUUAUUUACAUACUUUUCACUGUCCUUGUGUUGAUCUCGUUCAUUAGCUCAGUAGGUUUUGCUGUUAUGACAAUGCUCGAAAUGCCAGAGUGGUGGUAUUUGCAACCCGACGACAAAAACAAUGUUCUUUAUGAUACUAAAAGGCCAGCAUUGUCCGGGACUUUUCAUCUCAUCACUGCUCUUAUAUUGUAUGGAUAUCUAAUUCCCAUUUCCCUCUACGUAUCCAUCGAAGUUGUGAAAUUCAUACAAGCAUUGUUCAUCAACAGCGAUGUGCAUAUGUAUGAUGAAGAGACUGGAACUCCUGCUCAUGCAAGGACAUCAAAUUUAAACGAGGAAUUAGGACAGGUUGACACAGUUUUGUCUGAUAAGACUGGUACGUUGACUUGCAACCAAAUGGAUUUUCUCAAAUGUUCGAUUGCUGGAACUGCAUAUGGGAAGCGUGCAAGUGAUGUAGAACUUGCAGCCCGAAAAAGCUUGGCUAUGGAAAGCGAUAUCUUAGACCCUGAAAGUAAACCUGAUGGGAAAGUAUAUGGUGAAUCUGAAAUUGAGCUAGAGGCAGUCAUAACUUUGAAAGAUGAAAAAGACCAAAAACCGGCAAUAAAAGGGUUUAGCUUUGAGGAUAGCCGGUUGAUGAAUGGCAAUUGGUUAAACGAGCCAAAUGCAGAUGUCAUCCUGUUUUUCUUCAGGAUACUAUCGCUUUGCCACACAGCCAUUCCUGAACUGAAUGAGACUGGAAGCUUAAAUUACGAAGUAGAGUCACCAGAUGAAGGUGCAUUUCUUGUUGCAGCUAGAGAAUUUGGUUUCGAGUUUUAUAAUAGAACACAAUCAACUGUAAGUGUUCGUGAGAGAUAUCCUUCUUUUCAAGAACCUACUGAAAGGGCAGUCAAAGUUCUCAAUCUUUUGGAUUUCACAAGCAAAAGGAAGAGAAUGUCAGUUAUCGUCCAGGAUGAGACUGGACAGAUUCUUCUCUUGUGCAAAGGAGCAGACAGCAUCAUCUUUGAGAGAUUAGCAACAAACGGGAAAAAGUUUUUGGAGGCUACUACGAAGCAUUUGAAUGAAUAUGGGGAAGCUGGGUUGCGUACACUUGUGCUAGCGUACAAGGAACUCCAAGAGGAAGAAUAUUAUGCGUGGAAUGAAGAGUUUACUAAAGCAAAAACUUCGAUAGGAGCUGAUAGGGAGGCGAUGCUUGAAGAGCUAUCUGAUACGAUGGAAAGGAAUCUAGUUCUUGUUGGUGCUACUGCUGUGGAGGAUAAACUGCAGAGUGGAGUGCCUCAAUGCAUAGAUAAACUCGCACAAGCUGGCUUAAAGAUCUGGGUUCUCACAGGUGAUAAGAUGGAAACUGCAAUCAACAUAGGAUUCGCUUGUAGUUUGCUUCGACAGGGCAUGCAUCAAAUCUGUGUAUCGACAAACAUGGAUGGAACAGCCAACAAUUCCAAAGAGGCUAUAAAGGAGAGUAUUUCGACGCAAAUCACAAGUGGUUCUGAAAUGGUGAAGCUGGAAAAGGACCCUCAAGCUGCAUUUGCAUUGAUCAUUGAUGGGAAAACUCUAAGUUAUGCGUUGGAGGAUGAUAUGAAGCAGAAAUUUUUGAACUUAGCAGUUGAUUGUGCAUCUGUAAUUUGUUGCCGAGUCUCUCCAAAGCAGAAGGCUCUGGUGACAAGGUUAGUAAAAGAUGGAACUGGAAAAACAACCUUAGCAAUUGGCGAUGGUGCAAAUGAUGUUGGAAUGAUUCAGGAAGCUGAUAUUGGUGUUGGAAUCAGCGGAGCAGAAGGAAUGCAGGCUGUGAUGGCUAGUGACUUCUCUAUUGCAAAGUUCCAGUUUUUGGAGAGACUUCUUAUUGUGCACGGUCAUUGGUGCUACAAACGAAUUGCUCAGAUGAUUUGCUAUUUCUUCUACAAAAACAUCGCAUUUGGCCUCACACUCCUUCACUACGAGGCGUUCACAGCCUUCUCGGGGCAAUCAAUCUAUGAUGACUGGUAUAUGAUACUAUUCAAUGUGGUUCUUACCUCAUUGCCGGUCAUUUCCCUUGGAGUGUUUGAGCAGGAUGCGUCUUCUGAGAUCUGCUUACAGUUUCCAGCACUGUAUCAGCAGGGUCCGAGAAACUUGUUCUUCAACUGGUUCAAGAUACUUAGUUGGAUUGGAAACGGUUUCUACAACUCCUUCGUCAUUUUUUUCCUUAACCUCGUCAUUUUCUAUGAUCAAGCAUUCCGAGCUGGAGGCCAGAUUGCUGACAUGACUGCUGUGGGUACCGUUAUGUUCACUUGCGUCAUCUGGGCAGUGAACUGCCAGAUUGCACUCACAAUGAGUCAUUUCACAUUGAUUCAAUGUUUUUUCAUCUGGGGCAGCAUAUUGAGUUGGUACAUAUUCCUUUUUGUAUAUGGUCUGUUGUCACCAGUUCAUUCAGGGAAUGCCUUCAGAAUCCUUCCGGAGGCUCUAGCUCCUGCCCCGAUUUUCUGGUGCACCACCCUCUUAGUAACAAUUGCCUGUAACCUUCCAUACCUUGGCCACGUAGCGUUCCAGAGAUGUUUUAGCCCUAUGGAUCACCACAUCAUUCAAGAAAUGAAGUACUACAAGAAAGACAUUAAAGAUAGACAGAUGUGGGGAAGAGAGAGGUCAAAGGCGAAAUCGAAGACAAAGGUUGGUUUCUCAGUUGCAGUAGAUCAUAAGAUCAGGCAACUCAGGGAGUUCAAAGGGAGACGGCAGAAAAGGUAUUCCAAAACGGAUAAACAUCAAGAAAUUCCAUAAAUAUAACUGUGCAUUAGAAGAGGAAUUGGAAAAAAAAAAA